UUGUUCCAUCCAUGAAGAGACCCACACAAAUUUCAUCCUUGAAGCCUUCCAACGCAGUUCUCCCACACCCAACUCCAAGACUGAGAGACCAUUUCCUAAUGGGGAAGAAAUUAGGGCAAGGUCAAUUUGGUACGACCUACUUUUGCAGAGAGAAAUCAACAGGUAUCGAUUACGCCUGCAAAUCAAUCUCUAAACGGAAGCUAUUAUGUAAGGAAGAUUACGACGAUGUAUGGAGAGAGAUUCAAAUCAUGCAUCACUUGUCGGAGCAUCAAUGUGUGGUGCGAAUCAAAGGUGCGUAUGAGGACAACAUAUUUGUUCAUCUGGUCAUGGAGUUGUGUGCCGGUGGUGAGUUAUUUGAUAGGAUUGUACAGAAAGGGCAUUAUAGCGAGAGAGAAGCGGCUAAAUUGAUGAAGACGAUUGUUGGGGUUGUGGAAGCUUGUCAUUCUCUUGGGGUUAUGCAUAGAGAUCUCAAACCUGAGAACUUCUUGUUUGAUACUCCUGCUGAAGAUGCACAGCUUAAGGCUAUCGAUUUUGGGUUGUCAAUCUUCUACAAACCAGGGCAGUAUCUAUCAGACGUGGUUGGAAGCCCCUAUUAUGUUGCACCUGAAGUCCUGCAUAAACAUUAUGGACCUGAAAUUGAUGUGUGGAGUGCUGGGGUUAUCCUAUACAUCUUAUUAUCAGGAGUUCCACCAUUUUGGGCAGAAUCGGAUUCAGGUAUAUUUAGACAGAUUUUGAGGGGAAAACUUGAUUUUGAAUCUGAACCAUGGCCGGGGAUUUCAGAAAGUGCAAAAGAUUUAAUAAAGAAGAUGCUUGACAGGAGACCACAACAAAGAAUAACUGCUCAUGGAGUCCUAUGUCAUCCUUGGAUCGUGGAUGACAGGGUUGCUCCCGACAAACCUCUGGACUCUGCAGUUUUAUCCCGCCUCAAGCACUUCUCAGCUAUGAACAAACUUAAGAAGAUGGCUUUGCGUGUGAUUGCAGAAAGGCUUUCAGAAGACGAGAUCGGUGGCUUAAAGCAGUUAUUUAAAAUGCUGGACACAGACAACAGUGGCACGAUAACAUUUGAAGAACUCAAACAAGGAUUGAGGAAAGUUGGCUCCAAUCUUAUGGAAUCUGAGAUCAAGGAACUUAUGGAUGCUGCUGAUACUGAUAGCAGUGGCACAAUAGAGUAUGGCGAAUUCCUUGCAGCAACCUUGCACUUAAACAAGAUCGAGAGAGAGGAGAAUUUGCUUGCAGCCUUCACUUUUUUUGACAAAGAUGGUAGUGGGUACAUAACCAUGGAUGAGCUUCAACAAGCUUGCAAAGAUUUUGGUCUACGCGACACUCAGCUGGAUGAAAUGAUCAAAGAAGUAGAUCAAGACAAUGAUGGGCGUAUAGAUUAUGCAGAAUUUACGGCAAUGAUGAGAAAGGCAGAUGAAGGGAUCAAAAGCAGAACGAUGAAAGGGAAUUUGAACUUUGAUUUGGCAGAUGCCUUUGGCGUUGAUAAUACCAAGUGAUUAACCAUACAAACAGAGUACGUACGU